AUGGCCGCCGGGAACUCAAUCUACGAUAUAAAGAAGGGAUUUCUUUCAUCCCAACUACGGAUUCUGGGUGGCACCCUCAACCCGAAGGCAGGUUGGCAAGACAGGGUGCCAGAAGGAGAGCACGGAGACCUUUCUGAGGGGGUUUUGAAUCAAGUUCUAUACAAGCUGAAUGUCGUCGCUAAGAGGCAUCAGAAACUUGUCUACAGUUCGCAGGCUUUGAGGCAUGUUGCUGAACAGAUCGAUGAUUUGUAUCAGAAAAAAGACGACAAUGUGGAGGGUAUCACACAAGAAGACGAUGUCCUAAGGCGGGGAGCGAAUCUUAAAGAUCCUCAAAAUAUCGAUCUUCUUCCAGAAAGCUACCCGGCAGAGGAAAAAGACAGUGAAGAGGAUUUGGAAGAAUAUCAAAUCCUAAAGGCAAAGCUAGCCAAUCACUCAGCUGCGCUUCAAGCCCAGCGUCAGAGGCAUGCGUAUUACUCUCAGCUAAAGUCCUUGAUAGCUCCUUUUGCAGACCCCCAGCAGUCGGUGCAGCCAAAUCUUGUUACCAAGGAUGGUCCGUUAGCAACAGAGUUGGAGCGAACCCGACUUCUCGCUGCGAAGUUGGCAUAUCAGAUCGAGAAGUCUAAAUUUCCAGACACAGACCGAAUGGAUGAGGACGAAGAUGAUGAAAUUGAGGAAAGUGUGGAGGAUCAGUUAAGGAAGAUACUUGAACAAGCAAACUAAUUUGUCGGACAUUCAUCUUCAUUAGCACCGCCAGCAACUCUGUCAUCACUAAUACCCGUUUUCGUUCUUAAUUUAUGUAUCAUUUUUCCUCUUCUGUCAUAAUCCGUACGUGUAAGGAGUUUAGGUUUUCUUUCCCGGUGGCGUCAAAUAUAACCAUACGGUAAUGGUAGAUUCGUUUAUUCA